CUUAAACCCUUCCUCCCAUGGCGCCUCUCCUCUCUCUUCCCCUCCUCUCUCCUCUCUCUCCCCCCUUCGCCUCUCGACCCUCUCUCUCUACCUCUCCAUCUCAAUCCCCUUCUCUUACCCCGUCCUCUACUCCCUCUCCUCCUCCUUUCCCCCUAUUUCGCCUCCAAAAGAGGAAUCGCUUCGUCCCUUCCUCACUCUCCACGUCUUCUUCAACAUCUUCUCUCACUCCCUCCCCCCAUUCCCCAAAGGAGAAAUCGGCGAAUUGGAAAGGUACAAAGUGGAGAGAUCUUUGGAGCCUGAACAAUUGGGUAGUUCGCGAUUAUUAUCGGCUUGUCGAUUCCGUUAAUGCCUUGGAGACCUACACUCAGACGCUUUCCGACGAGCAGCUGAGAGGAAAAACUGCCGAAUUCCGCCUUCGCUUGAGUCGUGGGGAAACCCUAGCUGAUCUCCAAGCUGAGGCGUUUGCCGUUGUACGAGAGGCUGCAAGAAGGAAGCUUGGCAUGCGGCAUUUCGAUGUUCAGAUAAUUGGUGGGGCUGUUCUUCAUGACGGGUGCAUUGCAGAGAUGAAGACCGGUGAAGGAAAGACGCUUGUUUCCACCUUGGCAGCUUAUCUUAAUGCACUCACAGGAAAUGGGGUACAUGUGGUGACUGUAAAUGAUUAUUUGGCUCAACGCGAUGCUGAGUGGAUGGGCCGCGUUCAUCGCUUUCUUGGUCUAUCUGUGGGUUUAAUACAGGGUGGCAUGCCAGCCAAUGAGAGGAAAGCCAACUACAGCUGUGAUAUUACGUACACUAAUAACUCGGAACUUGGUUUUGACUAUCUUCGUGAUAAUUUGGCACGGAACAGAGGACAACUUGUUAUGAGAUGGCCAAAGCCAUUCCAUUUUGCAAUUGUUGAUGAAGUGGAUUCGGUUCUUAUCGAUGAGGGAAGAAAUCCAUUAUUAAUCAGUGGUGAGGAUAGUAAAGAUGCAGCACGAUAUCCUGUUGCUGCCAAAGUUGCUGAGCUUCUUUUACCAGGCAUUCAUUACAAUGUGGAACUCAAAGAUAAUUCUGUAGAUUUGACUGAGGAGGGAGUUGCUCUAGCUGAGAUGGUUCUGGAGACAAAUGAUCUAUGGGAUGAAAAUGAUCCAUGGGCAAGGUUUCUUAUGAACGCAUUGAAGGCCAAAGAAUUUUACCGCCGGGAUGUCCAAUAUAUUGUUAGGAAUGGGAAGGCACUCAUUAUUAAUGAGCUUACUGGGAGAGUUGAGGAGAAAAGGAGAUGGUCUGAAGGCAUUCACCAAGCGGUAGAAGCUAAAGAAGGCCUGAAAAUUCAGGCAGAUUCGGUUGUUGUGGCCCAAAUAACGUACCAAUCACUUUUUAAGCUGUAUCCGAAGCUUUCGGGGAUGACAGGAACUGCUAAAACAGAAGAAAAGGAAUUCCUUAAGAUGUUCAAGAUGCCAGUUAUCGAAGUCCCUACGAACUUACCAAAUAUACGAAUUGACUUGCCGAUUCAGGCUUUUGCGACUGCACGAGGGAAGUGGCAAUAUGUGCGGGCAGAAGUAGAGUCGAUGUUUCGGUUAGGUCGCCCAGUUUUGGUUGGAACCACAAGCGUUGAAAAUUCUGAACACCUGUCAGAUCUAUUGAAAGACCGAAAUAUACCUCAUAACGUUCUUAAUGCUAGGCCUAAGUAUGCUGCAAGGGAGGCUGAAAUUAUUGCACAGGCUGGUCGGAAACAUGCCAUCACAAUUUCAACUAACAUGGCUGGCAGGGGCACUGAUAUUAUCCUUGGUGGCAAUCCGAAGAUGCUUGCAAAAGAAAUUGUGGAAGAUAACAUACUCCCUUUUAUGUCACAAGAGCCUCCAAAUGUUGUAGCUGCUGGGGAAUCCAUCUCCCAAAUGAAUUUCCCAAAGAUAAAGAUAGGACCAUCUUCAUUAGCAUUGCUUGCAAAGGCCGCAGUGAUUGCAAAAUAUGCUGGUAAAAGUGAGAGGAAUGGCUGGUCUUGUCAGAAAGCGAGGUCCAUAAUUUCAGAAUCUAUAGAAAUGGGCCAUGUAACUGGAAUGGAGGAACUAGAAAAGUGUUUGGCUGAAGAGUCUGAGACUUAUCUCCUUGAACCUGCUAUUGCACUUGCGUAUCUCACAGUCUUGAAAGACUGUGAAGUGCAUUGCUUCAUUGAAGGGGCUGAGGUGAAACGAUUGGGUGGGCUUCAUGUGAUUGGCACUUCUCUACAUGAGUCUCGACGAAUAGAUAAUCAGCUUCGCGGGAGAGCUGGUAGACAAGGUGAUCCUGGAUCAACAAGGUUUAUGGUGAGUUUACAGGAUGAAAUGUUUCGAAAGUUCAACUUCGAUACUGAGUGGGCAGUGAGACUCAUAUCAAAGAUAACAAAUGAUGAGGACAUACCAAUUGAGGGCCAUACCAUUGUUAAACAGCUUUUAGCUCUUCAAAUUAAUGCAGAGAAAUACUUCUUCGGCAUAAGAAAGAGCCUUGUCGAGUUUGACGAAGUCUUAGAGGUCCAAAGAAAGCAUGUGUACAGCCUUAGGCAAUUGAUAUUGACCGGUGACUCUGAAAGCUGUUCUGAACAAGUAUUCCAGUACAUGCAAGCAGUAGUUGAUGAAAUUAUUUUUGGAUGCGUUGAUCCCCAUGAGCCCCCCAAGAAUUGGAAUAUAGGAAAGCUAUUGGAUGAGUAUAUCCAAAUAGGCGGAAAGCUAUUAUCCGAAUCAUUUAAGCAAAUCGCGGAGGAGGAUUUGCUUUCAUCACUAGACCAAAUACAUGGAUUAGGCUCUAUUGAAAUUGAUACCUUCUCUCUCCCAGACCUUCCAACACCUCCAAAUACAUUCAGAGGAAUCCGAAAGAAAACGUCUUUGUUGAGACGCUGGCUUGCUAUUUGUGCUGAUGAUACAGUGAAGAAAGGCAAAUACUUGUGUAUAGUCAAUCUUCUUCGCAAGUAUUUUGGAGAUUAUUUAAUUGCUUCUUACUUGGAAGCUGUAGAGGAGUCUGGUUAUGAUGAUGCAUACAUCCGGGAAAUUGAGAGGGAAGUAAUUGUUAAGACUCUAGAUUGUUUCUGGAGGGACCAUUUAGUAAAUAUGAACCGGCUUAGUUCAGCGGUGAAUGUUCGGAGUUUUGGACAUAGAAAUCCUCUUGAAGAGUACAAAAUAGAUGGAUGUCGCUUUUUCAUCUCAAUGCUUAGUGCGACGAGGAGAUUGACAAUCGAAUCGUUGUUUCAUUACUGGUCAUCUCCUUUGGAGUCUGAAGAACUCUAUGCGCCGUAAAUGCAAGUACAUUAGGAAGAGAUUUUGUCUUUCUUCAAGCAAUCAGGGCGCAACUGCUAUGAAUGUCAAGUAGUAGGUUUGUUACGGUCGCACCUCUGGUCUCUUCUGACAACCAGAAAUGGUGCGGCCGAUUUUCUUUUCUUGAAAGAGGGUUUAGGGGGUGGUGGGAAUUGGAGAGAGGUGAAACUAAGCGGGCCGGCGCAGGGUUGGAUGUUGUAUGUUUACAGGAGAUGGGGCAUCUCUCAUCCUUCGAUGCUCGCUACUGUGAGCAGCAGUAUGUGUCUCCCUCCUACUUCAGAAUUAACUUUGAGAGGUAUGUAUCAAAAUGUAGUAUAUAGCACUCGUACUUUUCAUUCAUAUUUCUCACAAAUUUUUAGAUAAUCAUGAAAUAAAACUGAAGUAGAAGACACCGCAAAUUCUGCACAUACUGCUUCUUUUACGGUUUGGCUUUUAAUUUUUAUUUCCUUAAUUAAUUCUUCGCUUUUUUGGUGAUUUUGCUAGCAUGGGCUUGUGGUUGAGAACUUUAUGAUUAAUAAACUGUGUAAUUUAAACUUAAGCCAUUAAGACUCUUUUUUUAAUUUCUGUUUAAUUUUUUGGGACAUGUACAAGGAUCAGC